AUGCCCUGCUGCGGUAUGCAAUGCUGCCUCUUCAGAAGGAGACGUAGACCAGCACUUUGUCCUGAGACGACAUCCAGCUCCGAUUCUGCGUCUGAUUCUGCGGAGGACGUCUACCAUGGCAAGCCCGAGCCUGCUAGCGGGAAGAAGCAGCGACGCAGACAGAUACACCGUAUUUUAGAUCGAGAAGGUGUGGAAUUUCAGAGCAAGGGCAUCUUUCACGUUUUGCAGACGAGAAGGACCUGCGCCGUCUUUUUGCUCGACUUUUUUCAUACCGUAAUUCACCUGCCAUUUCCUGGCCUUUUUGCAGUCACUUUGACAGUGUAUUUUGCAUGCUUCGCCUUCUUUGCCCUCUUUUGGAUUUGGUUUACAGAUAUUUGCUCCAUCGGACUUGACACGUAUAGAGAUGCUUUCUACCUGUCGGUGGAGACACAAAUGACCAUCGGCUAUGGUGUGCCAGACCCAAACUUUGGAGAGUGCUGGGAAGCAGCAAUUCUCAUCGUUGUGCAAACAGUCGUUGGCUUGAUGCUGGAUGCCACAGUGAUUGGUGUGGUCUUCCAGAAAUUGGCAAAUGCGAACGCACGUGCCAACACUAUGAUUUUCAGUGACACAGCCCUGUUGGAGGUGGAAAAUUCCUGCACAUACUUGCGUUUCCGCGUUGCAGACAUGUCAUUCCGGCCCCUAUCGCAGGCAACAAUGCAAGUUUAUUGCGUGCAGCAUCAUCGUGAUACCAGUCAACCCAGAGGAAUUCGAGUUGAGUUGGCUGCGAUGCAACUGGAGGAGCCAGAUACGGAUAUCCACAAUGGAAUCAUUUUUUUAGGUCUGCCAGCAAUGGUGUCACACAAAAUUGACUACAGCAGCCCUCUAGCGCCAGAUGUUCCGUCAACAGUGACUGGAUCUCCAACACCAGCUGAAGUAAAGACUUAUUUGGGCCAGUCACCUUACUUGGAAGUGCUGGUGUUGCUCAGUGGCACAGAGGAGUCCACUGGAGCUGUGGUUGAAGCACGGCACUCCUACACCUUGGAAGACAUUUUUUGGAACCGAACGUACGGGACAUGCGUCUCCAUCAAUGGGCAGGGUUCCAUGCUGAAGGCAGUCAUGGCGCAGCACCAUGCCCACCGGCAACUCCAGCUGCUUUGCGCCCCAAAGGAGAAGAUAUGUGGGGCAGAAGAUUUGGAGCAUGGAGUGUACCAAAUUUUGGCAAAGGCGAUGAGAAUCAGGAGAGACACGUAUGAGUUCAACGUCUUUGACGGACAUGGAGACCAAGGUAAAAAGAUGUCACAUUUUGCCAAGCAGGCGUUGAGCAAGAGCUUGUUCAGCAACAACGACCUGCACACUGAGCCCGUUGCCGCUAUCCAGGCCGCCUUUCGCGACACACAGGAGAAGAUCGAGAAGGAGCAUCGCCACCAAGCUGAACUAUCUGGAACAACAGCGAUCACGGCCUAUCAGCACCGCAACCACCUGGUGGUGGCCAAUGUUGGUGACUCCAGGGCUGUGCUGGGCCGAUGCAGCACACCUGCUCGUCAGACAGUUUCGGCUGUGGAUCUUUCAUCUGACCAGAAACCGGCUCGGCCUGAUGAACGUCAGCGAAUCCUUGCAGCUGGUGGCACGGUGGAUCAAAUGGCAAUCCCGGUGGUUCAACGAGGGGGUGUCAGAUGGAUACGAGCAGGCCCAGAACGUGUCAUGGACAAGCAAGGUAUGGGUGGCUUGGCAAUGUCCCGCUCCUUGGGCGACCUGAGGUUGCACCCUUACGUGAUUUCACAGCCAGAGGUGGUUGAGCGAAAGUUGGAUAGCCGAGACAAGGUACUUGUUUUGGCAUCUGAUGGAGUUUGGGAUCACGUCAGCUCACAAGAGGCAGUGGACAUCGCCGGAAAAUUUGAUGAUCCCAAAGCAGCCGCGCGUGAAAUCACUGGCCUUGCUGGCAUUGAGUGGCGCUUGAUUCGCCACUGCGAUGGUUUGGCAUUCGCCGUUCAAAAGACCAUUUUUGAUGGGUCUGACAUCGGGGUCUUACUGGUCUAUUGGGGGGUUAUUCUGACCAAUAUUAGGGAUACCGUAUACUGUAUACUAUAUACCUAUGAGAACCAGAUACAACCAGUAGAACGGGAUGGGAUGAUUCACACGGCUCUGGUGGAGUUGAGCUGCCAGGAAUUGCACGCCACAGAUGGCAGAUUGCAACGGAGGGUCAGAUGUCAGAUGACAUAA